UGGCUCAGGCCGCCCGGCAGCUCCGCGACCCCCGAGGCUCCGGCGCAGAAGCGGUGGAUCCCUCGGACCCUGUCCAGGCGCAAGGCAGGCAGGGCCCGGCGGCGCGCAUGCCGUGACGGCGGCCCCCGGGCGCGCGCGCGGGGUCUGGGCUCGGAGCGGGCGGCGAGAUGGAGCCGCGGCAGGAGCAGGCCUGGCACCGACGGCCCCGCGCAGGCCCCGCGCUCCUCGGCGCGCUGGCCUCCCUCGCCGCGGUGGCCGCGGCGGCCGCGCUGCGCUGGGGCCCUGCCGCGGGCGGCGCGUGGCUCUCCGGCGGCCGGGGCCCGGCGGCGCGGGCGCCGCGGGCGCCCGACGGGCGCGGUCUGCUGAGGAUGGCGGGCGAGACUUCCGAUGGCGCGCCCAACAGCACCGCGCGGUACAGGAGCGCCGCCGAGCUCUGUAGCGCGGCGGCGCCCAUCCCCGAGGUGGCCCCGCGGGCGUGGCGGCUCGGCCCCGCGUGGCGGCGCGCGUGCUCCGAGAGGAACCGCGAGGGGGCGUACCCCCUCGGCCGGAACUGGUGCUGGGUGGGCAUGAAGCGGAUGUGCCACUGGAACCUCAAGAGCCACCUCUCGUGGGCGAAGGUUCAGCAGAAGGCAUCCGACCUGGGGAUCGCCCCGCCGCCGAGCCUGCAGCCGUACAGCCCGUUGCGCAAUCCAGAGCUCUGUGAUGACCCCUCCAGGGGAGCUACCGUGCAGUUCUCGGAGAGCGACUUCCAGCAGGCGCGGGAGUGGUUCAAGGACAACGUGGCGGUGUACGUCGUCAGCCUUCCGACCUCGAUCAAUCGCUGGGAGCAGAUCAGGGCGCGCCUGGAGGAGCUCCAGAUCUGGGCCACUCGUGUCCCGGGGGUGGACAUGCGCGUGCCGAGUGCCAUCCUUGACGCGAAGAGGGACGGCUUUGUGCCCAGGUCCUACAACUUCACUCGCGCGCAGGACGCGGGAUACGCCUGGAAGCACGACAUGGGCAGCAUGAUCGGCACCCUGGGCUGCGCCGCGGCGCACUUCAAGGUGCAGCAGGUGGCCAUCGCCGACGGCAGCCCCAUGGCCGUCGUGUUGGAGGACGAUUCCUGGCCGAGCGACGACUUCAUCCCCCGCCUGUGGAAGCUCGUGCGCGAGGAGCUGCCCUGCGACUGGGAGGUCACUGCGCUGCUGUCACGGUGCGGGUUCGGGAGCUGCGUGUCGCCGCACCUCGCCCGCGUGGAGCCUGAUGUGAACGAGCCCGAGUGGAGAUGCCGCCAAGGCUACUCCGCCCCCCUCCUUUCUCCUCUUGUUUUUCUUCCUCUUCUUCUUCUCGUCUUCCUCCUCCUCCUCCUCCUCCUUCUCAUCCCUCCUCCCUCUUAGGCCCAAGGCCGUGUUCUAGAUUCCACUUAGGCUGUCCCAUGGCCGAGCGUUGCCAUGGAGAAGCGCGGUCAUGCUGCCAGCAGCUACACGCACAGAGGGAGCCAGUCACUGGUCGCAAGGCUUCUCCUUGCCAAGGGCACGUGGUCGACGGCCCUUGGCGGAGGACCGAGGAGGCAGAGGGGGAUUGAUCCACAGUUCGGAGUAGCUUGC